CGAGAUAUCUGGCCUCGGGACGCCCCAAUCGUCAUUCUUAGGUACCUACCUUAACAGGACUAUUUGCGCUGGCCCUGCUGACAUUCAUCUUGAAUCUUAAACAAUGACAUAAGGAUCAUGUCUUUCGAUUAUUGCAGCUAACAUUUGACAUCUUUGUUUUGCGCAGUACUUGCGACUGUAUUAUUCCACCAGACGAGCUUCCAAUUACCCUAACGCGCCCAUAACACCACCGUUUAAUCCGAGCUGGUUCAUCGCAGUACGCCCAGUUGAUUUCCACCGGAACCACGAUCAUACACCGGUUGGGAGCCGGCGCAGUCCGCGAAUCCACGAAGUAGGACCAUCGACGCGAUGUCGCCAAUACGAAGCGCCAGCAUCGCCCUCUCGUGCCCUUUGUGGGCUUGCGACUUCGACGAUUCCAAUCACUUGAUCGUGGGUGGCGGUGGCGGCGCUGGGAAACACGGAGUCGGGAACAAAAUUACCCUUCUCGAUGUUUCAGAUGAGUCGGAAAUCGUCAAUGCCGGCGACAUCGAACUAAGUAAAAACGAAGACAACGUACAGACGCUCGCCGUCGGCCCCCGGAAGGACAGAAACUUGACCGUCUUUGCCGGAGUGAACAGCAGCGUGGAGGAGCUGAGAAAGGGAAACAACCAACAUUUCCGCGUUUUCGGCGUUGCUCUGCCGGGGAGGUCGGCCAAGAGUGGCGGUGUGAGCGGCAAAUUCUCCGAACUCGCCCGCGAAUCUCUUUUCUCCCACAAAGACGAAAGUACAUACCAACGACUCCUCCGGCUAUCACAGCCGUUCGACGGCGUGGCACAGCUGGGCGCCAUCGCAACAGGCCUGGCUAAGGACCAUCAGAUCAUUCUAUUCGAUGUUCCGGCCACCGGCGCCUCAAGGUGGAAGUCUCGGGGCAGCCUGGACAUUCCCAAGGAAGCCAUGGACUUGGACGUUGUCCAAACGGGAACCAAUACCUACCAGUUGGCGUAUUGCGACCACUUCGAUAUUUUUACGGUAGAUGUCUCCAAGACCGAGAUAUCGGAACCAAGAUGUGUCUAUACCAUGGGCGGGGAAGCGGGCAGACGUCCCAUGUUCAGAUCGAUACGAUACCUGACCCCCGGCUUUCUGAUUGCAGUUGCCAACAAUGCUGAUCGAAAGGGGGUUUCUUUGCAUGGAUAUCGCCUGCCAACAAAGGAACAGGAGAAUGCUCGCUUGGCUGUCGUCAAGCAACUACCCAAGGCUGUCACUCAGGCGACGGGGAUGGCAGUCCGAAAUUUAACACCACUUUCCGCGCCGGCUGAAAAGCACGCUGACGCGCAGUAUGUUAUUGCCGUCGCUAGCAAUGAUUCCACCAUAUCUGUGUAUACUGUGGAACACAAAACUUCGGCGUCUAUCGAGCUUCUGGCCAACCUCGAGCGCGUCGAAACCAUCAAGUCGGUGCAUGAUCAAAUGAUUACGGGCCUUUCCUUCUCAAGCUUUGUGCCGCCCACUUCCCCCAGGCCGCCUACAGAACUGUCUCUGAAGCUCGCAAGCGUAUCAAUGUCCAAUACCGCAGUAGUGCACAGUAUACCAUUGAAGAAGUACAUCGAUAAGUCUUCCCCUACCCGGAGGGGCGGCCCUCCGAAACCGGCUCGUUAUGUGGUUGCCCUCAACGGCGAACGAGAGUCCCCCCUUACCAUAGUGAUUCUGGUGUCACUCAUGUUCAUCGUCAUGGCCCUCGUUGGCCAGGUUAUCGUGGAGGCAAUGGGUCUUGGGCAACCUGUUCUUGGCACGAAUCGAUAUCUGCCUGUGAGAUGGACAGUGCCUGUCCGCCACGGGCCCGUUGUUGGAUCGAAGUUCUUGGGUGACCUACUCACAGACAUCAAGCCGGAGCAGCGUGAUCAGGUGGUUGUUCGACACGACGAAACCGGUCAGCUUGCGGUGGAUGUACACAACGAAGAAACACACGGGCCCGCUAUGCAAUGGGACCAGCUUGAUUCCGAGGACCAGCAGCUGUGGAAAGAGCGCCUCAAGAACAAGGGUCAAUGGGCCGAACACAUGGGCGAGACGGUGUUAACGGGUGUGAUGUUUGGCGAGAUUGGUGGUAAUAUCAACGCCAUGAUCGGUGAGGCACUAUGAUGAUGGGGAUAAACAUAUGGCAUACUUGACUAGGCGCACCUGUUCUUCUGCCUAGCUGUGAAACACUAGAAAUACUUGGACAAUAGAAAAGUCCUUACUCGCCCUUCAUUAACACCCCAUAAUGUUCGUCUUAUUCCAGUUCAGGUUCAGUAAAAUACACCCUUUACAGGUCACUAUAUUGCUUAGGGCGACUAAUACGUUCCGACAGAGUCAUACUCGAGGAGCAAUUCGAUG